GGUCUCCCGCUGUCGUGUGGUCAUACCGACCCCGCGCGUGUCUCCGCUUGCGACAUGGGAUCUGGUUCAUCCGUUGAUGCGGCUGAGGCGGCCAAAAAUGCCACAGAUGAGGAUAUCCAGAAGGCCUUGGACAACAUGCCCGAGGAGAAAAAGGCAAAGGCAGUGGCGGCUCUUGCCUCAAAGAAGGCUGGCCCCAAGGCUGAGAAAAAAGCUUCUGGGGAUCAAACAGUGGCAAUCAUCUACUACUCCAUGUAUGGUCACGUAGAAGGCAUGGCGCAGGAAAUCAAGAAAGGCCUGGAGAAAGGAGGUGUUUCUGUGGACAUGUUUCAAGUGCCAGAGACACUCCCGGAUGAUAUUCUGAAAAUGAUGGGAGCUCCUCCGAAAAAUCCAGAUGUGCCAACCUUGGACAUGGAGAUGGUCACAAAGCUUCAUGAGUAUGAUGGCUUCAUGUUUGGCAUUCCAACCCGCUUCGGCAUGAUGUGUGCUCAGAUGAAGGCCUUCUUUGACAUGACUGGGGGCCACUGGAUGAAGCAAUCCUUGGCGGGUAAACCCGCUGGGACCUUUGUCAGUACCGCCACCCAAAAUGGCGGGCAAGAGCUUACCCACAUGCAAACUCUUUCGUGCUUGGUUCAUCAUGGACUGAUGUAUGUGCCAUUUGGUUAUCAGGGAGGCGGACCCAUGUUCUCCGUUGACGAGAUCCACGGCGCAAGUCCUUGGGGUGCCAGCACCCUUGCGGCCGGUGAUGGCAGCCGAAAGCCAUCGGAAAUGGAGCUACAAAUGGCGAACCUUCAGGGAGAGAAGUUUGCUGAUGCGGUGAAGCGCACCAAAACAGCAGAGGUCUCGCGGAAGUGCAAGGUUGGUUUAGUGUACUACACCUAUGGCCACAUCAAGAAGAUGGCAGAUGAGAUUGCUAAGGCCGUUGAAGCAGAAGGAGUGGAAGUGGUGAAAUAUCAGGUGAAGGAAACCCUUGAUGAAGGAGUGCUCACUGCUAUGGGAGCACCUCCAAAGUCUGAGGACAAAGUCAUUGAACAUGCCAACUUGGAAGAAUUGCUGGCGUGUGAUGGAAUCAUGGUCGGAGUUCCUACACGUUUUGGGCAACCAGCUAGUCAAAUCAAGAGCUUUUGGGAUUCCACUGGCGGACUUUGGCAAGCUGCAAAAAUGGUGGGAAAGUUGGGUGCAUCCUUUGUGAGCACUGGAACACCACAGGGAGGCCAAGAAACAACCCACUUCACACACCUCCCCAAUUUCGUUCACCAUGGCAUGAUCUAUGUACCCUUGGGCAGUGCGGAUCCCAGCCUUUUAAGCAUGGAUGAGUUGCACGGAGGAAGCCCUUGGGGUGCCAGCACCUACGCAGGAGCAACAGGUACUCGGCAGCCUUCAGAAAUCGAAUUGAAAAUUGCCGCCGUUCAGGGGAAGACCUUCGCAGCCAAAGUCAAGCUGAUGGCCGUUUGAGCCGCUGUCUGAACGAAGAAGCUGAGCGCACAUGGCAGACAUGAGUGGCAGUGACAACUUGUCACCGGACAAGAUGACUGACUGCUUGUCACUUUUGACAUACUUUUGACAUUUGAAG